GCACCCGGGGCCCGGGCUCGGGUCGGGCGGCCAGCUCCAUGGCGGGCUGCUGCUGCCUCUCGGCGGAGGAGAAGGAGUCGCAGCGCAUCAACGCCGAGAUCGAGCGGCAGCUCCGCCGGGACAGGAAGGACGCGCGCCGCGAGCUCAAGCUGCUGCUGCUGGGAACUGGCGAGAGUGGGAAAAGCACCUUCAUCAAGCAGAUGAGAAUUAUCCAUGGAUCUGGUUACAGUGAUGAAGACAGGAGAGGCUUCACGAAGCUGGUUUACCAGAACAUAUUCACUGCCAUGCAAGCCAUGAUCAGAGCAAUGGACUCCCUCAGGAUACACUACGUGUGUGAGCAGAGUCAGGAGAACGCCCAGGUCAUCAAGGAAGUAGAAGUGGAUAAGGUGUCGGCGCUGUCCAAAACCCAGGUGGAGGCCAUCAAGCAGCUGUGGCGAGACCCCGGAAUCCAGGAGUGCUAUGACCGAAGGAGGGAGUACCAGCUGUCGGACUCCACCAAAUAUUACCUGACUGACAUUGACAGAAUCGCCAUGCCAUCCUUCGUGCCAACACAGCAGGAUGUGCUUCGAGUCCGAGUGCCCACAACUGGCAUCAUCGAGUACCCCUUUGACUUGGAGAACAUCAUCUUUCGGAUAGUGGACGUUGGUGGCCAGCGAUCUGAAAGACGGAAAUGGAUCCACUGCUUUGAAAAAGUCACUUCCAUCAUUUUCUUGGUUGCUUUGAGUGAAUAUGACCAGGUCUUGGCUGAGUGUGACAAUGAGAACCGCAUGGAAGAGAGCAAAGCCUUAUUUAAGACCAUUAUCACCUACCCCUGGUUUCUGAACUCCUCUGUGAUUUUAUUCUUAAACAAGAAGGAUCUUCUGGAGGAGAAAAUCAUGUACUCUCAUUUAAUUAGCUAUUUCCCAGAAUACACAGGACCCAAGCAGGAUGUCAAAGCUGCUAGAGACUUUAUCCUGAAGCUUUACCAAGACCAGAAUCCCGACAAAGAGAAAGUCAUCUACUCCCACUUCACGUGUGCCACAGACACAGAGAACAUACGCUUUGUGUUCGCUGCCGUCAAAGACACAAUUCUGCAAAUCAACCUGAGAGAAUUCAACCUGGUGUGAAAGCUGCUGCUCACGCCGCCUCCAGAAAUGAAGAUAGCUUCAAAGCUCUUCUUGUUUCAUUUGCAAAUGCUGUCACACUGUCUGACCCAGCCCACUGUGCAGAACCCCUUCCUCCUGUCACUCCCCACUCCCCCAAGUUCAUCAUGCAGGGAUGGACAAUGCAGCUGGGAAGAGACGUGAGUUCACCAAAACCUUUUGAACACUUCUAUUCUCAAAUUGUUUUUCUGUUUCUUUUCCUGACUUUUUGGCUAUACAUUUUGUGUAAGUUUGGAACCUGAUGUUUUAUAGAAUUUUAAAAAGGCACUGAUUUACUGUGCAUUUUAAAAUAUUAAGUGUCUUUUCAUAGGCAUUAAAAAUCAUUUAACAGUUUUUACUCAGAGGGGCCUGUUAAUUUACAGAUCAUGCAUGCCUGAAGACUUCUAAGGGAGUCAUCUGGGUGACUUUUUUAAUUUUCAAAGAGUAUUUAUUGGUUUGAGGCUUUUAUGAAACUUUACAAUUUUGACAUUCUGAAUUAAGUUUUCUCUUUGCAUGCUAAAAAUAUGACUUCUUUAGCAUACUACCAAGGAUUUUUUUUUAAAAUCCAUUUGGUUCUUUUUUCAGUAAACUUUCUAACCAAAUGAAUAAGCCAGCACAUCUUUGUUUUGAUACAAUCUAACUCCAUGAAGCUCAAACUGACAUGGGAGUAGAUGGGUGUAAGAGUGUAGAAUAUCUACGCAUUGGUGAAAAUGUGUAUGUGGAAAUUUUACAUUCUGUUAAUUCCACUUUUCCACAAAGGUGUUAAAGCCCCCGAUCAUAUAUGUCCCUAACUAAGUAUAUAGCCAGGCCUUGCAUAUGUAUGACAUGAUGCCCCUGGAUGCCUCCAUGCGGAUGGCCAUCCCAGACCUACAGGUUAUGUUUGGACUGAUGUAUUCUGUACUUUCCUGAGGUUAAAAAUAUACCAUUAUAUGAACACUGAA